UCGGUUCCUCGAACCCUCAUAUGAUUUUUACAAACCCUAAACCUUCAACUUUCUUGCACUGCAAAAUAUAAAAUGGCGUCCUUCGACGAAGCUCCUCCCGGAAAUUCCAAGUCUGGAGAGAAAAUCUUCAGGACCAAGUGCGCUCAAUGUCACACUGUUGAAAAAGGGGCCGGCCACAAGCAAGGACCCAAUUUGAAUGGAUUGUUCGGAAGGCAGUCUGGAACAACCGCUGGAUACUCGUACUCAGCUGCAAACAAGAACAGGGCUGUGACUUGGGAGGAAAAGACAUUAUAUGAUUACUUGCUGAAUCCCAAGAAGUACAUUCCUGGAACGAAGAUGGUGUUUCCUGGAUUGAAGAAACCACAGGAUCGUGCAGACCUUAUUGCAUAUUUGAAGGAAUCUACUGUUUGAUAUUUUGAUCCAUUUCCUAUUCCAUUUUGCAGCUUAUGAUUUAUUCACACAGGGGUUGAGAAGUUUCUUUUUUAGCCUUAAUAAUAAACCUCGGGACUUUUAAGGGCUGUGAUGCUCUUUCUUGUGUAGUUUUCUUUUCCUAUUGCUUCUCUUGGAAUGUUAGAAGAGGUUGCUGUGAUUGGCAAAACAUGACACAUUCAAUUUGUUUCCCUUUUUAUGAAUCUGGUGGAACACCAUUUUUAUUGGAUGAUAAAAUUUUUUGGUUGUCUGA